UCGGUUUCACGAGUUAAAAUAACAGAAGAGAAUCUAUCGCACAGAAUAAGGAUAUUUAGGUGUAUAAGGAAUAUUAAUUGGAUUGCGGUGAUACAGGAUUAAACAAACGCAGUUAUGUGCUUGUGGUUUGUGUACGCGUUUGCAAAUUCAUCUAUCCCGCUACAUGUUUACACGAUCGUCUUGUAAAACUUGAUUAGAAUGACAACUUAAACAAGGAUGCUACGACAAAUAUUGCUUUGAACAAUGAUCGAAUUCAUUAAAAUCAUCAGAAUGUGAUUGUCGUAGACUAGCGCUACGCCGCCUAACUGACCAUCUCUUAUUUGUACGAAAUCUGUAUACAUCGUCCACUGUUGCUCCGAAACUUACAUCCGCAUUAUUAAUCGGACGCCUUAGAGAGACGAUCUAAUUCAGUACCAAAAAAUAAGGAAUAUCGUAUACAGAAAAAUAUAUGAAGCGAAGCGAUUUUUUGUAUAUAACCGUCCAUUAAGGUGCGACAGUAACCGUUGAUGAGAGCAAGGGCCUUCCCCAACUGAGCUAGUUCGGACUGUGUCAUGUGCAGAAUCACCGGAAUACGUGUUUUACUGUCGCUUCUGAACGUAGUGACACGUUCUUAUGACCAUGGUAAAGAUGACUUCUGAAGUACAGAUCGCCAUGACUCCGGAUAAAAUUAAUUUAGGUGAUGUCGCACCAUCGCAAUCACUCGACACGAUCGAGUAUGAUUUGCUCACAAGGACUAGCUGGACUGAUGCCAGUAUCGCCUACGAAGAGAUCAAACAGGAACGGGCUAGGGGUAACCAGGCUUCGCUCUGGCUACGGAAGCACCUUCAAGUACAUCUGUACGAAGUUGGGUGUGGUAUCCAAAGGAAUCCCGGCAAAAUUCUUUUCGUAGGGCUGCUUAUUCUCGCUAUCUUCUGCGUUGGACUUAAAUCCGUCCGGUACGAAUACGAGCUCGAGAAACUCUGGAUUGAAGAGGGGGGCCGAGUUACUCGCGAAUUGGAGUACAUACGAACUAAGCUUGGGGUGUCGGCUGCAGACAGCCAACAAAUUAUUAUUCAAAGUUCAAGCCCAGAUAUAAGUGCUAACAUUCUACGUUAUGAGGCGCUUCUGACUCACGUAGAUCUUUUGAGGGAAGCCCUUCAAAUAGAAGUCGACGUGUUCGGACAGUCCUGGAGUCUGCAAGACUUAUGCAUAAAAGCGAGUGUUCCAGCCUUUAAUCACCACUUCAUAGAUCAGAUAUUUGAAAAUAUCAUGCCAUGCAUAAUAGAAACCCCGUUAGACUGCUUCUGGGAGGGUUCGAAACUACUCAGCCCAUGGUAUCCCCUAACAAUUGAAACAUUUGGCAUUCAAAACCUCACCUGGCUCAAUCUGAAUCCAACGAGGCUAAUGAAAACAAUGAUUAAGACCUUGGGUACUACUGAUUUUCCCUUUGAAUCUAUGGAGAAUUUUAUGGCUCGUUCGGGUAUUACCACGGCGUAUCAAAAACGGCCAUGUCUUAACCCAGACGAUCCAGAAUGUCCUGAAACGGCUCCAAAUAAGAAAUCUCGCAUUUUACCCGACAUUGGUGCCGCAUUAACCGGAGGUUGUUAUGGCUUUGCUACUACUGAUGGCAUGCACUGGCCUGAAUCACUUAUUGUCGGCGGCAUCCAAAAAAAUCGAUCUGGUUUAAUAACGCGUGCAGGCGCACUCCAAACUAUUAUACAACUUAUGGACGAUAAAACAAUGUUCGAUUUUCAUGAUGGCAGGUAUAACUUGCAUAAUGCUGACUGGAGCAUAGAGAAAGCUCGCGAAGUCAUCGUAGCAUGGCAAAAUAAAUUCACGAAUGAAAUUAAGCGGCUUUCCAAACUGGCAAGGUAUCAGCAACAAUGUUCUAAUGUAUUUACGUUAAAUACACUUACCAACGUAUUGCGUAAAUCCACUACACCUGAUAUAGAACUAUUGCUUAUUGGAGCAGCCCUUGUUCUCAUCUAUGUAUCCAUAGCACUGGUCAACCUGGAACGGCCAGAGCUAUCGCAGGGCUUGACCGGAUUCGUCGGCGUCCUCUUGCUUGCCUUAAGUAUUACGGCCGCUUUUGGUUUGUGCGCCAUGCUCGGGCUUCCGUUCAACGCUACUACGACGCAAGUGCUGCCCUUUUUGGGGCUUGGGCUUGGAUGCAACAGCAUAUUCAUGCUAACGCAUACUCUUAACAAAAUCGUUUCCAGUGGAUCGGUGACUAUCGAGAGACAAACUGGAGAGUGUCUAAAACGAACGGGCGUUAGCAUCAUUCUCUCGAAUGCCUCCUUGAUACUUGCUUUUUUCUUGGCAGCGUGGCUAAUUCCAAUCCCGGCCUUGCGGUAUUUUUCGCUACAAGCAGCGAUUUUGUUCUUGUGCUCCUUGACAGCCACCUUGUUUCUCUUCCCAGCUGUAUUCAGUCUCGACCUUCGUCGACGAGCUGCGAGACGUCUUGACCUCUUCUGCUGUGUAGUGAAGAAUGACGAUGUACAGAAACGGUCGAAAGGCCCGUUUGCCACUGAAAUGGAACAGCAAGCAAGAUAUAUGAAUGAUGAGUUGUUCGUCAAACCAGUAGCUAUUAUUUUGACAGAUGAAAAUCAGGAUAACGAACUUCGGUUCAAAAGACAACGGGGCAUAGAUGACGGUUGCUUUGGUUGGUCCCUGUCACUUACGGCUGCGGAGUACUAUGUUCCGUUAAUUCGUAGGCCAGUCGUGCGUGCUCUGGUUCUACUAUCUUUCAUUAGUCUUGCUACAUUCGGAUUAUGGGGCUCAAUGCGUCUUGAAGAUGGUUUAGAACUGAGCGGUCUCGUCCCGAAAAGUAGCAACGAGUACGAAUAUAUGCGGCACCAACAGCGCUUUUUUGGAGUGUAUCGCAUUUUUGCCAUAACGCAGGCCAACUUCGAAUACCCAACGAACCAACGACUUCUAUACGAGUACCACGAUGCCUUUACAAGAGUUGAAAAGAUUGUAAAAAACGAUGACGGUGGCUUACCCGGAUUCUGGCUCUCCCACUUCAGAGACUGGCUUCUCGAUCUACAGAAAACAUUUGAUAUUGAAUGGAAUCAAGGCUACAUUAAGCUAGAAGGGUGGAAUCAGAGCGCAUCAAAUGACGCCAUCUUAGCCUACAAACUUCUGUUACAAACUGGACGAACUGAUAACCCGGUCGAUAAGAGACUACUCACCUCAAACAGACUGGUAAAAGAAGACGGUAUAAUUAAUCCAAAAGCGUUCUACCACUACCUUACAGCUUGGUAUAACAAAGAUCCGCUCAUGUAUAGUUCGUCCCAGGCGUCCCUGGUGCCCCAGCCCAAGCAAUGGGAUGAUAUUCCUCGUGCGCAAGAAUUAAAAAUACCCAAGUCGUCGGCUAUACAAUUUGCCCAACUUCCGUUUUACUUACGUGAUCUAAAUUCGACUCGCGAGAUCACCGCAACGAUUUCUCAACUUCGCUUAAUUUGCGCGAGGUUCGAGGAACGCGGCUUGCCAAACUUUCCGACAGGACUACCUUUUCUUUACUGGGAGCAGUAUCUACAUUUGCGUUUCUAUUUGGGCGUGGCGACAACACUUAUUUUAGUAACAGUGUUCAUCGUUAUUUCAUCUGUUCUCCUUAAUCUGUGGUCAGCACUGCUUAUUGUAUUUGUGCUUGCUGCGUGUGUUGUUCAGGCGCUAGGAACUCUGCAUAUCCUAGGUAUGUCUUUAAGCGCAGUUCCUGCAGUCCUCAUAGUAAUUAGUGUUGGCAUGGGAGUAAACACGACACUUCAUCUUACUAUCGGCUAUUUGACUGCCCUUGGUGGGAGGACACGUCGUAUUAGCAUGGCACUCGAGUACAUGAGUACGCCUAUUAUACAUGCUACGGUCACUACGCUUCUUGGAGUUGCUAUGCUGCUAUUCUCGGAGUUCGAUUUUGUCGUCAAGCAUUUCUCUCACUUGCUGUCAGCCAUUGUGGUAAUCCACGCAUAUAAUGGAUUCGUAGUCCUGCCCGUGCUUUUAACAUACAUUGGUCCUAGUGGCGACUUAGUGCCUCACAAUAAUCGAGACAAGCUUGAAUUCCCGAUCCCUCGACCUUCGCCAGCCCUUAAAUCCCGAACAUCUACCGCCGCCACUCGGCCAAGGUCGCGUUUUCCACAUAACGAUCGUGGUCGAACUAGCAAGAAGUCUUCUUUUCUUUCGCGCACACAAUCUGAAUUAUCGUUGUCAACUAUAACGGAGGAGCCGUCGUCGUAUCAAAGUACAUCCCCCGAACCUGAAACCUCUCCCGCGAAAAUUGUCGUUGAACCUGAGAUUACGGUAGAAACAACAACUAUAACAAAAACCGCCAGUGGUCUAAUAGAAAGUAGAACAUCAAGAUCUACAGGGAGUAGUAAUGGGGGAGAAAAUAAUCCGAGUCCAACUCCCUCCUCAGCUUCCAGUGGUGUAGAAAGCGGGACAAACAGCCCCACUGUUGUGACUACUACAGAUGUAACACCUUAUGGCACGAAUGUCACCACAAAGGUAACCACAACGGCGAAGGUCAAGGUGGAAUUACAUGCGCCAUUUAUGCAACGACUGCACCACAAUUUAGAUCGCGCAGAUCAUUGGAACAGAGAUCAGUUCAACAUUGCCGACCACUGUCGACCACUAAGUCGGCGCAGUUACCGAACCUCUAGUGGAGAUAUGACUAAUACAACUUCAUAUGAUAGGACUGAAAGUAGCGUAAACAGCUCGCUUCCAUCCCAUCAUGCAGCUUAUCCGUGUUAUUAUUCUAGGCGCCGAUAGAACAUGACGAAAGUUGAACACCUGAUGUAUAUAUAACAGUUACUAUUUAUAAAAUCCUUUUUAUGUUGAGAAAAAAUAUUGAGUAAACUGACCAAGAUAGUUAAUGUCUAUGAUUAACAUCGGUUUCCACAAAAAGGAAGUAAAUGAAUUCUCAGGCACUGAAAGGCGAAAAGUGUCAACAUUGAGCUGUCUGGCGAGAUUCAUAAUGAAAAAGUAGCGUCUCUUAACGUCAACAUUGUACUUUGACUCAGAAUGUGUAAAUAUCAUGUGUAAAGGCAGUUAGUGGCUAUAUAUAUAUAUAUAUAUAUAUAUAACCACUAACAGUAUAUAUAUAUAUAUAUAUAUAUAUAUAUAUAUAUAUAUAUGCUGUACUGGUUUAUAGUGUGUCAUGAAUUUUGUAUAUAAGAGAGAGGGUUGGAUGACGUCUUCCCGUGAUUCCUAGGAUGUAGUAAUUUUUAAAUAUUUUUAACAUAAUUUUAAAAUAAACGAGUUAGGUAAAGAACGAACUACCUCCCUUCCUUAGGAAUGACUCACGUAGGUUUCAUUAUAAUUAUUAGACAACUUCGUUGCGAUUUAUUAAUUUAGAUUCACUAUGAAAGGUAAUUAAUCAUUUGUCUUUUUUCUUAAAGAUUAAUUACUUUUACAAGGGUUGUGGCGAUGACAAAUGUCAAGUAGGUUAUUAACAAUGCAGCUUGUAACAAUAAUAUCUAACUGAUACUCAUUCGAACUGUGCAGAGUCUAUUCAUAGUUUAAUAGAUCUGUAUAUCUAGUCAAAUCAAUAGGAAUGUUGAAUCAUAAUUCAAAUUAGAUCUAAGAUUCAUAGAAAAGACCGGCAAAGUGCAUUCUUUAGAUUAAGGUUUAGAAAGUUGUACAACAAACGGAUCAAUAUUUUUAGCUGAAGUCCAGUAAAAUAAUUAACCGCUGUUAAAUUCUUAAUGAUUUUCGCUUAGUUCAAAAUUUGAUAUAAACUUGAAAAUAAAUAGGUUUACAAAAGAUAUAUGCGUUUUUAAUUUUAUGGCAAAUAUUAAAUCUGUUUGCACAAUUUGUGGGCAUAUCUAGCCAAAUAGACCUUUUUGAAGCAAACCGACAUGUCACGCCCAAAUACAGUAGUGCACACUUUCCUCAUAAUACCAUUUGUACCAUGGUACCAUAAUACCAAGUGUAAUUCUAACAAUGGUUGCUGUCAAAUCGUACACAUGUAUAGGGCAAAAAUUGUAGCAUUAGAACUACUGUUACGAUUUCCGCCGACUAAACGUUAGGACUUUGCAAAAGGAGUGCAUGUUUGUAAUGCGUUUCAUUCUAUUGUAGCUACUGGAACUAUUUGAUAUGACGACCACAGAUGUUAUAAAGUCUAUAUAUA